AAAUAACACAAUACAGAUUAGAAAAAUAUUGACAAGCAUACUCCAUGGCAUUAUAGGAAGAGUUGACUCAACUUUCAACACAUAUGUACAACAAACAUAGCAAUAAGAUGAAUGGAAAGCAGAGAAUUCAGACAGAACAACAUGAUAUUGAUGGCUACAACUUGAGUUAUUUCCUGUAGGCAAAAUGGAUGUAAUUUUGAGAUAUAUGCUGCCGACAAUAAUUAUUUUAGCCAUAUUGUCACAGCCAGUCCUAUCACAAAUUUCCACUACUCAACCAACAAAAGCAUCAACGACUGAAGCAGAGGUCCUAUCCAAGGGAGAAUUACCAUCUGUGUUUAACCUGCAGAGAGAGGCAAGGACUGUCUCCACCAUCACAGUAGCUUGGAGUAUCACAACAGAUGAUGUUUUGUUCUACAGGAUAACGUGUUCUCUGAAACAGUCAACAUUCCCCAUAAGUCAAGAUCCAAACACAACAUUAACAAAUGGUAGUAAGACGAGUCACACAAUAGACAACCUCUACCAUGCUGCCCUCUAUGAGAUCAGUGUCACUGCAGGGAAUCGCUAUGGCUCUGGUAAUGCAAAAUCAAUUGAAGUAUGGACAGAUAUAGAGAAACCUCCAGCCCCACCCAUCCCUCGUAUACUAUCUGAUGAGAUAUUUGAAACUAACUUUACAAUGUCUUUGGAGCCAGUUGGGUCUAUGACAACAGGUCCGUUGAGUGGAUUCUUAGUUGUUAUAGAGAAAAUGGAGCCAGAUGGGAAAAACUCCAAUUUUGUAAGUACAAACAGUGAGGACACACUGGUGAACUACACAGAGGCUGAACGACUAGACCUGAAUCACUACAUCACUGCUGAAAUCCUUUUUAUACAGCUUCAACUGCCUGCUAAGUUUAUCAUUGGUGACCUUGCUCUCUAUAAUGGCUACUUCAAUGCUCCACUGCAACCAGACACUCCAUAUAAUGUUCACUUUGGGGUUAUCAGCAGACUGGAUAAUAGUGAAAAGAUCACAUUUUGCGACCCAGUUGAAGUAACCACGAGUGAGAGUAAUGAGAAGCCAUAUGUUGUCCAUGAAGAUGAUGACUCAAACACAGUGGUGAUCAUUGCUGUCAGUGCUUCUACAGGUGUUAUCAUCCUCAUCAUUAUCACUAUCAUUGUUGUUGUGAUGCUGAGGAAAUAUAAGUUCAAAAAAUCUGAAUCUGACAACAAGAAUAACUCACUUAUUGCGGAUUCAAUGCUUGAAUCAAGAUACACAUUGAAAUCUGUUGCUGAAUUAACACUUACCACUGAUAAAGUGAGACAGAAGAUGGAAGGAAUCCUAAAACAUAAAACCAUUGUGAAUGAUCCAUCAGAAAAUCUCUAUAUUCACAAUGAGGCUCAUAAAAGUCGGCAACGAUUACAAAAAAAGAAAUCACUUUCAAAUGGUAUCAAUAUUGCAGAUUUAGAAACCGAGAAGGAAAAUGACCAUAUGAAACAAUUAACCGCAGAAUUUGCACAGCUGAAGAUAGAUACCAUUCAAAAUAUUAGUGAUACAAGUAUUGUUGCUUCAAUACCAGAAAAUAUAGAUAAGAAUCCAUUUGGGAGUAGAUUUCUUCCCUUUGAUGGCCAUAGGGUAAAAGUUGGUGAUACCAAUGAUCCCCACUAUGAUUAUAUUAAUGCAACACAUGUUGAGAUAAAACGAUCCAAUUGCGAGGGGAUAUUAACUGUAAUAGCAAUGCCAAAUACCAUGGAACUGUUCUGGACAAUGCUAUAUGAACAAGAGGUGGAAACAUUAGUAUCUCUUGAUGAUAACCCAUUUGAAGAUUUCAAGGAAACAGUUUCAUACAAUACUUUCAGGGUAAACCUGACAUCUGAAAAUCAAUUUGCUGAUUUCACAAAAAGAACAUUUGUGGUCUAUUGUGAGAGAUCUCAAGAAACAAGGCAAUUGACACAGUGGCAGUACAAUACAUGGACAAAGGGAGGGAUUCCAGAAGAAACAUUUGCAUUUAUAGAAUUCAUAUCGUUAGUAAUGAGAGGGGCAAUAUCAGAUGCACCUAUAGUUGUUGAGUCAUUGGAUGGAGUAGGAAGAACAGGCAUGUUUUGGGCACUAGUCUUACUCCGUGAACAAGGGCAAAAGACUGGCAAAAUAAAUGUACCAAAAUGUGUACAAAAACUUAGAACAUUCAAUCAAUAUUAUGUUAAGACAAACAAGCAAUAUGUUUUUAUAUACCAAGCCAUUAUAGAGAUCUUCAGAAUGGGUUAUACUCACCUGCCACGUUUAAAAAUGAAAGCCAGUAUUAAGAACAUAACUGCCAAUCAUCCAGAAACAGGUAUAUCUCACAUGAGAAAACAGUAUGAUUUCAUAUAUGGGACACCACAUGUUGAUUCUAUGUAUGGGACUCCACAUGUUGACAACCCUGUCAAUGACCUUGAAUACAUGAACAGCCAUUGUAACUACAAACAAUUUGCUAUAACACAGAAGGACUUCAUGGAGAACAUCAUUGAACUGAGCUAUGAAGCUGAAACAAAAUGUAUCAUUCUCUUAGAUGACACAUUUGAAGAUGAGGUGGCUGAGCUUGAAGGAGUGAAUAAAAAGACAUUAAACCAUGGGAUAUAUACAGUGAAAUACAUCAGAAACACCAAGCUAUCAAAUUGGAAUAUCAAAACAUGGAAUAUGAAAAUCAGAACAAUGGAGAACCCAACAAUGAAACAAAUCUUGUUGAUCAAAACAGACAACUGGUCAGCCAACAAUAAAUGCCCACCAAUACAAACAAUUUUAAAUCUUAUCCAGAUUGUUGAUAACAAGACUCGGAAUAGUCCAUAUCCUGUAAUGAUCAACACUAUUUUGGGGUUAGACAGGGCUGCACUGGUGGUAGGGAUGCUGUCAAUAUACCAGAGACUUAAGCACCAUGACCAAACCAGUAUAUACAUCGCCAACAUGAUCAUGAAGCAAAGUAUACCCCAACUACAUUUAUAUUGGGGUCAGUAUAAAUACUUCUACAAAGCCACAGCAGAGAUAGAAUUCAACUGAUUCAGUCCAAGCUAUUUCAUAAGCAAAGAUGCCAUUCUUAUAACUGACACUAGACUCACCUACUCAGAAGCUUCAUCAGAGAAGCACAUGAACAUUGAAUAUAAACAAGACAAGCACAAGAUAGCAUAAAAUAUCUCAAGCUGAAAGAGUGCAUCCAGGACAGCAUUUGGAACUACAUAUAAUAUGGCCUGGAAAAUUUUCAAUUUUCAAAUUUUCAGAAGUUUUCAAUUUCCAUUCUUAAAUAAGAAUUGAUAUGUUAUAUUACUGCCUUAAAUAGAAAUUUAGGUUCUGCUGAAAAGGAUUUUGAGUUUUAAAUGUUGCCCAAUGUGUAAACAAUGCAUUAUGAUUGUACUCCCAAAAUAUGGUUAAAGCAAUGCCAAUAUCACAAUAACAAUUACAAUUACAUAACAAUUACAAGUUGGUCAUUUUAAUAUUACAUUUAUUUUGCAAUACAAUUGCACUUUCUUGAUAUGGAUCUUAAAAGUUCCAAAUACCUUGGGACACCUUUGUUACAUAUUAUUACUUUUAUGUUCAACAUUUUCAUAAAUAAAACCUUACAAAUAUUCAUGAUCUGUUGAGCUGCAUUCUAGUUGUAACAAUUCCAAAUAUUUUUAGGCUUAACAAAAAGUUUUAGCACAACAUUUCAAUGUUUUCAAACUUUACAUGGGACAUUGCUCAUUGCAUAGUACUUAUCUUGCUAAGUGUGCAUAUAUUGUUUUGAAUCCAGUGAACAUUAGGCCAUACAUUUUAUUAAUCACAAUCAUAUAUGUUCUCAAAAAAGAAUAUAAGACAUUGAAGCUCAAAAUCCACUAGCCUAAUACAUUUGCCCACUUGCAGUAUAGUAUGGUAGAGAACACUAUAGAGCAAUAAGGUACAGUACAGUAUGGUACAGUACAGUAUGGCAUUGUACAGUA